AUGGGUGUGUCAACGGAGAAAAAUCCCAAAGAUGCACCCGAUCAAUCGGAGACCAUCAGCGAAUCUUCCAGUGUGCGACCACCUUCCUAUUCGGCCGACAAGGUCGAGCAAGCGCCACUAGAACUGCCACUGUUGCAGCUGGGUCCCCCUACAUCUUCUUCGAUUACCGUCACUCCCGAUCAGUGCGUUGCACAUCUCAAGUUUCUGGCUGUGCUCGCAGACCUGCGAGAUACUAUCUCUAGUGAUGAUGGGCUCUUUAAUAUCAACGAUGCCGAAGCUGAAAGAUUCCCGGAUUCGGUGAAUGAAGCGCGGGCUCGUAUUCGCGAAAAACGCUGGGCCGUAUAUACAGCGCGUGCGGUCGAUCGAUAUACCGAGUGGUGGUCUAUUGGCCUUCCCCGGUCAAGGCCGAUGGCAACUAUCAAUGACUUGGAGAGUGUGGGCUAUGAAAAUAUCAUUAAUUGUGAUACUAUGGUCGCAUGGAGCACGGACAAUCUACCCCCGCUAGACAUUUUGAUGGUCUGGCAUGCUCAUUCGUUGAAUCCCCGGAACUUCCUUGAGGAUUGUAUUCGAUACGGCAAGAUGAGCACCUGGGCAACGGGAUUCCCAUGGGAAGUGAUAGAUCGUUGCAUCAACAACAACACGAUGGAUUAUACAGUUUCCGAACAAGCCAAGGAUCAGUUCGAGCAGAAAAUGAAUUUAAAGUGGAACAAUCUGCACGACCUGCCAACCAAGGACGUCAACUGCACAUGCUGCCAAAGGGUGAACGCUGUCCCAUGGACAGAUGCUUACUUUGGCGACAAUGUUGCCAAUGCCUUCAAAUUUGGCAAUGGCUACGCCGAUAAUUCAUUUGAGGUGAAAUGCUUCGGCUGUCAACACAUAAUCGACCAUGGCCGGCUUAAGGUGGCAAAAUUCCGAAAAGACCUUGCAGCAACUCUGUACGAAGACCUCCCCAUGCCCGGGUCGUUCACCGAUCUCCAUGGAAUUCCCGGGGGCCCAACUGCGAAGUUCAACCAUCGGGCCCUCCAAUAUAUGCUAUUCCCCACACGAGUUGUCCAGGCUGCUGGGAAGAACUUGAUGGAAUUUACUGAUGGCCGAGUGGAUUGGUGUCAGAACGUCGUCCGUCUGAAGGAGCAACUUGAGACCAAGCUACACGACAGAAAGAUUUUGAUGGCCGCGCAUGGUGCCAGCAUGAGUAGUAUCCUGCCUACCGAGAAGAUCCACUUCCGACGAAUGAUGUCUCGAUACUGGGAGAAUCUCAGUCCCUUUGCGCUAGACCUUGUGGGCGCUGUGAUCAGACAAGGCACCUUCGUGGAUAAAAUGGACCAAAUCGACUGGCUGCACUCGCCGACAGUCUUCAACACCAUGGACCGGCUGAUUAAAAAGUACAAAGUGUUCUUCCGGAUCAUGCUUGAAAACCCAAAGAAUAUGGCCGUGCCCACACUGGACGUCGACCUGGCCUGGCACACACACCAACUCAGCCCAUUGCGGUACUAUGGAUACAGCACAUCGAGCCCAUCAGCUAAUGAUCUUCGCGUGUUCAUCGACCACGACGACAAGGUCGACGAGGGAAAACUCUCCGACGGCUUCGCCUGGACCAGCAAAAUGUACCGCCGUAUCACCGACGGCGGCGUAUACAGCGAAUGCACCUGCUGGUACUGCGAGGCGACACGGACACCAGACCUGUAUGACCGGUUUAUCACUAUUGGUUCCGUCUCUCGGGCCCGAACCGCUGCAGACCUCUUGCACGAUCGCCCCGACAUCUCGUCCGACCCAAACAAGAACCCACAUAUCUCUUCACACAACUCUGUCCGGCCAACAAACCUGCACAUUAUGGCUGAGAAGGCAGGCGCUCUGAAACAUCAGAUUCUUCAAAACAACUACAGAAAGGCUGCCCGACGUGCUGAGAAGCGUGGCCGUCAACGAUCCGACUCUAAAUCAUCUAAUAACCAGGGCGACAUCUAUCCCUACUACAUGCCUUACGCAUAUGGGUACCCUAUUGUAGUGCCAUACUAUGGACCGUACAUGAUGGACCCGUCCAUCAACUGUGAUUCAUACGCAAGUAACCCUGGCUGCAUGAAUGUUACUGCAGGCGCCGCUGGGAACUGUUGUGCCGGCACGUGUGGUGGUUCUGCAGCCGCAGGUAGCUGUGCAGGAGAUGGUGGUAGUGGAGGGUGCAGCAGUGGCGCCUGCGGAGGAUCCGGUGGUGGUGGUGGCCUCACGCCCAAAACUCCUGCAGCCGCCUUCUCCUGUACCGUCUUGUAA